UUGAACAGCAGCAGCAACACCAACAACAACAACUUACAAUUAUAGAUUAAAUUGAGACCAAAUUACCCUUUGACGACUCACUUUACCAAAGUAUCGCUACUCUCUCUCACGAUCUGCACACACCAAACACAGAUUCGAAACCCUAGCUCUCAGCAGAAUGAACUGUUCUCAAUCUCCGGCGAGGUGCCGGAAAGCCGGUAGUUUUGAGGAAGUCUAGGUUUCUGUUCGUGAAGCGAUUGAUAGAGAGACAUAUAUCGUUCUUAGGGAAAGAAUUCGAUUUACUCAGCUUUCUAAAAUCAUUCGCCCCUGUAGCAAACCCACCAUAUUCAAUCUCCCAGUUUAAUCAAUCACUCUCAAUAGUCAUUCCAGUUGAGCUCCAAGCUCAUAUAGUGUGUGUUGCGUGAAAAGGCACCGGGAGGGUUAGAUUCAAGCUGCUCUGCCUCAAAGGAAGAAGAAUUGCUGGCUAAUGUUGUUGUCGGCAUGGACCGUUUGGGAAUUGAUGGAGGAAUAUCUUCUAAUGGAAGCUCCCAGAAUAACAAGGAAGAUGACGAAGGUGGUGUGCAAAUCAACUGCUUUUCUGAAGAGUCGGAUAAUGUUACUCUCCACUUUCAGAUCAUACGUCUUCAAAAACAGAUAUAUGCAUGGAUCGGUUGCAACUCAGCCAAAUUCGGAAAUUUAUAUGCAGCUCUGCCGGCAAGACCUAAAAACACAGUUAGUGUUACUUCCAUAAUUGGGGGAGCUUCUGAUAAUACAGGAUCUGGCAUUGCUUGUCGAUUAGUUUUGAAGACUGGUCUAAAUGUCUUAUUGGCUUGCAACAUUCCAAAAAACAGCCCCAUGCUUGAGGCAGAUGCCGAGAAAAAGCUGGUGGAAAAACUAAUCAAUCUGGGAUACGCUAGGUCAAAAUCCAAAGGAUGAAAGUAGCUGAAAGCUGAGACUGGUAUGCUAAACAUGAAAGAUGCAAUUAGUUUGUUUAUACUUUAUAGUGAUUCUGCUGGCACUGUGAUACCCACUAUAGCCCGGGAAGCUGCAACAAGGAGUUAUGGCACCAUUGAUGGAUCAUGCUAUAGUGUUUUACAUUCUGGUACUCCUUUUUCCAAUGAUCCUGUGCUUUAAAGUCCUGCUCGCGAUAAGUACAACUGUUGGUAACAAGGUCUUGUUACAUAAACUUUUACAAAGUUUAGUCUGUACGUUGGCUACUAUAUAACUGAACCAUUGUUGGAUACUGUUGAAGCUCUCUUCGUUCUUACACAGGUCAUCAAUAUAAUUGCUCUAUAUUUAAAGGGUGCAACUGGAAUUGUUAGUUUGCUUA